AUAAUAUGUUCAACUUGGUUAGGGACCGAACAGUACGUGCCACCAUUGCUGCGUUAAGGCGGUGAGGCUUUUGGGGUUCUGGGUAAUUCAUCUCAAGAAGGCAACGAUGCAUUCCAUACACUUCUCAACAUUCCUCCCACUACUGCUGAUCUGCUUCUUAGCGGCACCACUCCGCACGGACUCCCAGGAGCUCGAGCAGGACUCGAAAAAGUACAAAUUCCUGUACUACGCCUUCGAGAAAAUCGGCAGCCACGGCCAGCAAGUCAGUCAGUCCGGGAAGGUCUUAGCUCAACAAGGCCACAGCGUCAGCUUCCUAACCGGAAGUGAUGGACCGCGAGACCCAAAGACGAACGACAACGAUUUCUUCUCCUUCAUCUUCUACAAGUCUGAUUACACGACUGAGAGCCGACGCGAUGUGUUCAGGGAACUCUCCCGCUUCUCCAUGACAGGUGAACUGAGCUCCAUGAGUGGAAUAGCUCGCUUGAUUUACCGCACUUUUGUCACGGGGAAGCCUCUGGUCAUCCAACUGAUCAUCGACGAGUGCGAUGCCCUGCUCGGGGACAGCGACACCAUGGAAAGACUCCGCAGUGAGCGUUUCGACAUGUUGGUGGCCGACGACUUCUCGUUUUGCAAUGCGAUAGUGGCGGAGGCUUUGGACAUCCCGUUUGUGAAUUGUGCAAACUGGGGCGCCAUGCCUGACAAAUACGGACGCCUGUUCCACGUUCCAACCGACCCGGCCUACAUCCCAGCCCAUCACACGGGCUUCACCGACAGAAUGACCCUCUCCCAGCGUCUGACUAAUUACAUCUCCCACUGGACCAGCGAGUACAUCCAAGCCGACUUCACCGGCAGAUACCACCAGCUGAAAGUCAAGUACAACAUAAAUCCCGAGGUCCACAUCACCGAGUCGAUCCAGCAAGCCAAGCUGUGGGUGUUCAACCGGAACUACCCGCUGGAAUUCCCCCGCCCGAUGCAUCCGAACACGCUCAUGUACGCCUCGACAAUCGGCGGGAAACGAGGAAAUUAUACACUUUCGAAGGACGUUUCCAAGUUCGUGGAGGGCGCCACUGCUGGAGUGGUCCUAUUUUCUCUAGGCAGCCACGUGGAAUCCAUGGAGUUAAAACAAGGUCAGAUGUUUGCCGACGGCUUCGCCAAGCUACCCCAGCGAGUGCUGUGGCAAUCCAACGUGAACUUCACCGGUCUCAAACUGGGGAAGAACACCAAGAUGGUCAACUGGUUACCGCUCAGAGACCUGAUGACACACAAGAAUAUGAAGGUGUUUGUGACGCAGGGCGGGGUCAACAGCGUGCACGAGGCGUUAUGGGCUGGGCUGCCCAUGGUCGGUAUACCUCUGCUCUACGACAUGUUUGACAACGUCGACCGCGCCGUGGCUAGGGGUGUCGCACUCUCCCUUGGCGACAUCACCGAGGUAACAUCGGAGAGGUUGCACGAUGCCGUCUCCACGGUGAUCAAAGACCCUAAAUACCGUGAGAACGCGUUGCGUGACUCCGCCAUCUUAAAGGACCUGCUAAGAUUCAAUCCUCCGGCAGAGACCAUCGCAAACUGGAUCCUCCACGUGACCAAGUUUGGCGGGGACCACCUCCGCCCGGCCGUCUACGACCUGAACUUCAUCCAGCGAAAUCUUAUCGACGUUUACCUGAUCUUGUUGCUGGUUUUCACCGUCGUGAGUGGGGGGAACGUGUUGCUGUGUUACUUUUGUUGUGUGGGACGUAAGACAAGUCGUCCGAAACGGGAUUAAGUUUUGAACCUGGUGCUGGAUUUGAAGCUGGUUUGAUUUGAAAUAAUGGUGCAUCUUUGAAAGUGAAGGGGUUUUCAAAUGGGCAAAUCGGGUACCAUGAAUGUUGUCAAUUAGUGAAGAGCAUAAUACGCACUUAAUCAGGAUACUUCAAUCUUUUUCGAUCCUUCUAGUUCUUUUUAUACACAAAUUAAAAGCCUCUAAGACACAGUUAGCAUAUACUUUUCACACAUCAUCAACAUUGUUAGUACAUAUACCUUUAAAAUAAUUUUAGACUUGGUGAAAAUGAGACGUGACGAAGUGAUAAGUACGAAGUUUUGAUAAUUUAUGACUUUUAGGCGUAACCUUAAUAUAGGCAGUGAUGAUAAUAUAUUUUUUUUUUACAAUUACCGGUCCGAUGGAAAGGAACUGAAAUAAAGGAAAUUGUAAAGAUUUUCA